ACUAGAAUUAGAAUUAGGUUUAUUGUCAUAUGGACUCACAUCACGGCAGUGAAAAGUUUACAAAGUCACAUUUACUGUACAGAUGUGUUAUUACAUACUUCUGGAGCACAUUGGACUGGAACCAGGCCUCCUGGCUCAGAGUUAGGGACAAUGAUUAGGUUGUGUGGUUUCCUGUCUCAAUUACCUUCCCAGACAGUGCAUUCCAGCUGCCAUCAGCCUCUUAGCGAUAAGGUAUUUCCUGUCAGCCUCCUCUCACUUUAAAAAUUAUCUUCCCUUUGUAAUUCCCCUCCAAUCGUCUGCAAGAACAUUCUGAAUAACAGUGAGCCCAUUGUUAAACACUGGGCAGUACAGUGGCGCAUGGUUAGCAUCGCUGUCUCACAGCGCCAGCACCCAGGCUUGAUUCCAGCCAGGGGUCACUGUCUUUGUGGAGUUUGCACGUUCUCCCCACGUCUGCAAGGGUUCACUCCAAUUUCCUCCCACAGUUCAAAGAUGUGCAAGUUAAAUGGAUUGGCCAUGCUAAAAAUUGCCCCGUAGUGCGCAGAUCAACCAUGGUUAAAACUCCAUGUGCGGUUUGAGAGAUAGGUCUUGGUCGGAUGCUCUUCGGUGGAUGAGUGUGGACUUAAUGGGCUAAAUAGCCUUUUUCUGCACAGUGGGUUUCUAGGAUUCUACAGGAGUCACUGGACUCGAGAAGUUAGCUUUGCUUUCUGUCCACAGAGCUUUUCCAGCAGUUUCUGUUCCAACCCUCCCUUCUCAUUCCAGUUGCAUUGGACCUAACCCGAACAGUCCUCAGAGAUCAAGUGGCCCCGCCCAGUCAGCGCAGAACAUGCACAAUGGGCGGAACCUAGCAACGUCAUACGCAAGGUUGCGUGCGUGCGACGUCACGGACGUCGGGCCGACGGGCCGUGCAUGAGUGUUGGGGGAGGGAUCUUGACCGGAGGAGUCCAGGGGGUUGUUAUACCAAGCGGCAACGGCCGCCGGCGGCUGGACUUGGCACUGAGCGUCCUGUGUACUUCGAUACGAUCGAUAAUAGAUCACCUUGUUGAUUUUACUGGGUCGCGGAUAAUUGCCGUUGCCCUCGCCGCUUUCAUCGCCAUGCCUGCUCGCUGCGUCCGACGGGUUUUGGCUCCGUGUGUUCGAUUCCUUUCAACAGCUGCAGAUUCUUGCCUGGCGAGCACAGAGCUGCUUCAGAAGCGCAGCCAGUUAUUUGACAAGGAGAAAGACAGACAACGAGCCCUGAUCCCAAGGAUUGAGAAAAUUGAAGUUAAACAUGUGGGGACACCUGAUCCUGGAACGGUCUUCAUCAUGAACAAAGGCCUAUCCACUCCCUACAACUGUGCCAUGCAUAUGAGUGAAUGGUGUGUAAAGCGUUCUAUGCUUGCACUUGUGGAUGGGGAAGUCUGGGAUAUGUAUAAACCCCUCAACAAAUCCUGUGACAUUCAGUUCCUGACUUUCAAGGAUGAGAACCCAGAAGAAGUUAAUAAGGCUUACUGGCGUUCAUGCGCUAUGAUCAUGGGGUAUGUUCUUCAAACAGCGUUUAAGGAAGAGUACAAUGUUGAACUGAUUAGAGCACCAGAAAUACCAGUGAUUUCUGGAGCUUUCUGUUAUGACGUUAUAUUGGAUGGAAGAUUAAAUGACUGGACACCCUCUGUGGAGAACUUGCGUUCCCUCAGCAAAGACGCUCAUAUGCUUAUUCAUAAAGACUUGCCCUUUGAAUCAUUGGAGGUGGCACCCAAGGUUGCUGUGGAAAUAUUUCAGGAGAACAAACACAAGUUGGCUGCAAUUGAGGAGCAGGCUUCCCUCAAUCCCAACAAGCUUGUAAAGCUGUACAGGAUCGGUGAUUUUGUAGAUGUCAGCAAUGGACCACAUGUCUCCAGGACCAGUGUCUGCUCGCAAUAUGAGAUUACUGCUGCCCACAACCUGAAAACAACCGAGUCUGGACUUGUCCGAAGAUUCCAGGGGAUCUCUCUGCCCAUUCAUCUGAAGGUCCUUUUCUCCGUGUGGGAAAGAUUAAGGCAGAGAUCCCAGAAGCUGAUUACAAAAGACCAGGGUCACACACAGACAGUGGAAGCGAGAGCAUCGUGAACAGAUUGUGCAGAGAAAUCAACCAACUUGCUUUUUAAAAACUUGUAAUAUGAGUAAAUUGAUUGAUUAUGCACCCAGUAAAAUAUAAAAUAUUAUCCUUAAUGAGCCUGUUGUGUUGAAGAAGGAUGUGUACUGCGAGUAAUGAUCUGGAAUGUGCUACACAAGAAGGGUGAUGAAAACAGAUUGAUUACUUGGGGAAGAAGCUGGUGCACUGGUAAUGUCACUGGACAGGUAAUCCAGAGCCCUGUGGCAGAUGGUGAAAUUUGAAUUCAAUAAAAUCUGUGUAACCAUUGUAGAAACCCAUCCAGUUUAUUGAUGUCCUUUAGGGAAGGAAAUCUGCCAUCCGCACCUAGUCUGGCCUGCAUGUGACUCCAGAUCUGCAGCAAUGUAGGCAUUUCCAUAUCCCAUGAACAAAUAAAAGGGAAGUAACUUUCAAAAUGAGAGUGGAUAUAUAAAUGAAGAGAAGAAAUUUGCACAGAAAGAAUAUGUACGAUGGGACAAAUGGCCAGCAGUAUAUCAUUCCAUGUCAGGAUUGGGAUAAAACUAUUAGGCCUUCAGUUUUCUCUACUUUCUUGAAAUCAUAGAUUCUUUGAGUUACAGUUCCACAGAGCUGGUUUUUCUUGGGUAUACAGCCUUGUAAAACCACAUGCUUUGCAUGAGAAGUCUUCUGACGUGCACUCCCAAUGCGCCCCAGGUGGGCCAAGGCCGAUAUCUGGAUGUGGAUGUUAACUGACUGCUCAAUUUAGGAGGAUAUCAUAAUCAGGUCAGACUCCAUCCUUCCCUAGGGCAUGCAGGCAAGCACAAGAAGACCUGUGUUAAUCUGAAUAGAUGAAGGACUUGUCUUUUUUCCCCAAGUUUCCAUCUAUUUGUUACUUUUUGGUACUCAAGAAAAUAAAAAUUUUCUUCAAAGGUGUUAAAAA